CUGGUGGCAGGUACUGCUGUGGCUGCUGGGGCCUCCCGCCCGCGGCCAGGACGAGGGGCCAGGUAAUCUGCCAGAGUUUGCACUUCCGGAAAACGGCAGAGCCUGUCUGACUUGCAAAGCCCACGCUUUAUUGUGCACCCUGCUCGACCACUGUCUUAAGAAGUUGCAGAGGAAAGUGGUCACAUAUGGUCAGGGGAGGAGCAGCCGGCCCCUGCUCUCCAGAUGGGGACUGUGUACAUGAGUGAAGAGGAGCCUUCACGUGGCCCAGUGGUCCUGGACACGCCAGCAGAAGCAGCCGAUGCAGUGCUGGGGCUGGACACCGAGGGCAACCACAUGGUGAUGCUGUCUGUGAUUCCUGGGGAAGCCGAAGACAAACUGAGCUCAGAGCCCAGCAGUGGCACGUGUGGGGCUGGAAGGAAGGAAGACUCACCAUGCCACCUCCCGGAGAGCCUCUUUUCUCGGGACAGCGCUGGAGCCGGCAUCCCGGAGAGAGAAGAGGAGGAUUACUCAGAGCCAGAAGCAGUGGAAGCUGACCCGGCCCCCGCUGAGGACUCCAAUCACACUGACAGCCAGAAAUCCCCCAAGGUCAGCUGUGAGGAGAGAAACGUUACCGGGCUAGAAAAUUUCACCCUGAAAAUUUUAAAUAUGUCACAGGACCUUAUGGAUUUCCUAAACCCCAAUGGUAGUGACUGCACGCUAGUCCUGUUUUAUACCCCUUGGUGCCGAUUUUCUGCCAGCUUGGCCCCUCAUUUUAAUUCUCUGCCCCGGGCAUUUCCAGCUCUUCACUUUUUGGCCCUGGAUGCAUCUCAGCAUAGCAGCCUUUCCACCAGGUUUGGCACCGUAGCUGUUCCUAACAUCUUGUUAUUUCAAGGAGCUAAACCAAUGGCUAGAUUUAAUCAUACAGACAGAACAUUGGAAACACUGAAAAUCUUCAUUUUUAACCAGACAGGUAUAGAAGCCAAGAAAAAUGUGGUGGUAACUCAAGCCGACCAAAUAGGACCUCUUCCCAGCACUUCGAUAAAAAGCGUGGACUGGUUGCUUGUAUUUUCCUUAUUCUUUUUAAUUAGUUUUAUUAUGUAUGCUACUAUUCGAACUGAGAGCAUUCGGUGGCUAAUUCCAGGACAAGAGCAGGAACAUGUGGAGUAGAGAUGGACUGAAGGAAGUUGGAAAGAGGAAUUUCAAUCCUUCAUUUCAGAAAUUAAUGCUGCAAUUUCAUACAUCUUCUCCAGUGAAGAGUUGAUUUACAACUUCAAAGAAUCAUGCGUUUGUUGAACUGUUCAAUGUGUAAAAAAAAAUUAUAAACUGGUGUUUUAACUAGUAUUGCAAUAAGCAAAUGUAAAAAUAUUCAGUAGACUUCACCAUUCUUGUUUUUACUAUUUGAACUUAAUCCAGUAUUUUAAGGGAAUAAUCCAGUUUGAAAUGUGAAGAUGUAUUUUGGUGGAAUAAUGAGUAGAAUGACAAUCUGCUUACUAUAUGGAAGGCAGAAAUAGGACUUUCAGAUUAGAAAACUCUGGAUUCCUUAUAUGUCUAAGAAGGUUGGUCUUCUGUUCAUUUGCAGUUUCUCUCUCUGACUUUAAGCAGGAAAGUAUUGUUACAGAAAGAAUAAACUAGAAUUGGUAAGUAUGACCUUAUAAGUAGCAACUAAUGGGAAAAUAAGAGUCAAAUAUCCUGUUGUUUGUGACCUCUAAUUUCACUAAAAGAAUUUUAAGUGG